CAGUGUGUUUGGCGUUGCUAGGCCGGUGUUGCGCUCCCUCUCCCCGGGUUGUAUCUCCCCUAAGCUAGCGUUAGCUGAGCUGCUACACCGAUCGCUUGUUUUUGACGUUAAUUUUAGGUGUAAUAGCUGUUUUGUGAGAAGAGGCUGACUAACAAACUGCUCUCAGUGGCUGUCAUUCAUUGCUGCUUCGCUUCUUUAGAUGCCUUUUCCUUUCUGAAGCUGCGAGGAGGACACGAGGUGCCAAGAGGUGAGAACUGACCACUGCUUCCCAACAUGUCCAAGACCAAGAGCUCUGAGUCCGUCAAGGUGGUGGUCCGCUGUCGUCCCAUGAAUGGCAAAGAGAAGGCCUCUAAAUUUGAACAAAUGGUUUCCGUUAAUGUCAAACUGGGUCAGAUUAUGGUCAGGAACCCGCGGGAAGCCAGCGAACUCCCCAAAGUCUUUACUUUUGAUUCAGUUUACGACUGCAACUCGAAACAAAUAGAUCUGUAUGACGAAACCUUCCGGCCUCUGGUCGACUCUGUUCUCCUCGGCUUCAACGGGACCAUUUUUGCUUACGGCCAAACGGGGACGGGAAAGACGUACACAAUGGAGGGAGUGAGAAAUGAUCCGGAGAGGAGAGGGGUGAUCCCCAACUCCUUUGACCACAUAUUCACGCACAUUUCACGCUCCCAGAACCAGCAGUACCUCGUGAGAGCGUCGUAUCUGGAAAUUUACCAAGAGGAGAUCCGGGACCUGCUCUCCAAAGACCAAUCCCACCGCCUGGAGCUCCGGGAGCGGCCCGACACGGGUGUGUACGUGAAGGACCUUUCGUCGUUUGUCACCAAGAGCGCGCGGGAGAUCGAACACGUGAUGAACGUGGGCAACCAGAACCGUUCGGUUGGGGCCACGAACAUGAACGAGCACAGCUCGCGCUCUCAUGCGAUCUUUGUCAUCACGGUGGAGUGCAGCGAGUUGGGCGUGGAUGGGGAGAACCACAUCAGAGUGGGUAAGCUGAACCUGGUGGAUUUGGCUGGAAGCGAAAGGCAGACAAAGACCGGUGCUCAAGGUGAGAGACUGAAAGAAGCCACUAAGAUAAACCUGUCGCUUUCAGCCCUGGGAAACGUCAUAUCGGCUCUGGUGGAUGGCAGGAGCAGCCACAUCCCCUACCGAGAUUCCAAACUCACCCGCCUGCUGCAGGACUCCCUGGGGGGAAACGCCCGCACUGUGAUGGUCGCCAACAUCGGCCCGGCGUCCUACAACGUCGAAGAGACCCUCACCACGCUGCGCUAUGCCAACCGGGCCAAGAACAUCAAGAAUAAGCCGCACAUCAACGAGGACCCCAAGGACGCCCUGCUCAGGGAGUUCCAGGAGGAGAUCGCACGGCUGAAGGAGCAGCUGGAGAAACGCGUGGGGAAGAAGAAAAAGAGGCGGCGGAGGAGGGGAGAGGAAGGAAGCGACGGAGAAGACCUGGAGGACGGAGAGACGGAGGACGACGAGGAAGAAGGAGGCAGCGACUACUGGAGAGAGCAGCAGGAGAAGCUGGAGCGGGAGAAGAAGGCCGUCCUGGAGGACCACAGUCUGGUGGCCGAGGAGAAGGAUCGGCUGCUCAGGGAGAAGGAGAGGAAAAUGGAAGACUUGAAGAAAGAAAAAGAAGUCGGUGAAAUGCUUGCAGCUAAAGUUAAGGCGAUGGAGAGCAAGCUUCUUGUAGGUGGGAAAAAUAUUGUUGAUCACACCAAUGAGCAGCAGAGGAUGCUGGAGCUGAGGAGGCAGGAGAUUGCUGAACAGAAACGGAGAGAGAGAGAGAUGCAGCAGCAGAUGGAGAGUCGUGAUGAAGAGACUCUGGGGCUGAAGGAGACCUACAGCUCUCUGCAGCAGGAGGUCGACAUCAAGACCAAGAAGCUGAAAAAGCUGUUUUCCAAGCUGCAGGCAGUGAAGGCAGAAAUUCAGGACAUCCAGGAGGAGCACAUCAAGGAGCGGCAGGAACACGAACAGACACAGAACGAACUCACCAGAGAACUCAAACUCAAACAUCUGAUCAUUGAAAACUUCAUUCCUUCGGAGGAUAAGAACAAAAUCCUCAACAGGGCUUUCUUCGACGAUGAGGAAGAGUGCUGGAAGAUGAAGGCCAUCACUCGCAUUGAGGACGACCAUCAGAUGAUGUCCCGGCCCCCGUCUGCCGUGGGCUACAGGAGGCCCCUCAGCCACCAUGCUCACAUCGCCAUGAGGACGAAGCCUGACAUGAGAUACAAAGCUGAAAACAUCCUGUUGCUGGACAUGGACCUGCCUUCUCGGACCACUAAGGAGUACCAGGAGCCAGUCAUCGCUCCAAAGGUGGCAGCCGCCCUGGAGGACGCCCUAAGAGACGAGGAUGAGAUCCAAGUAGACGCUUCAGGCUUCCACAGCAGCUCGGGGCUGACCCCGCCUGCCAGUGCCAGCAGCAGCCUUAAGAAACCAAAGUCUGGUCGACCCAGAACAAGCAAGAAGUCGAGCACGCCGACCUCUCCGUUCAGCCCUUGCAGUCUAGCAUCCCCUCUCUACCCACAAUCCCGCGGCCUGGUGCCCAAGUGACGCCUUCUUCCAUUGCCGUCACCAAUGUCUUUGUGCACCUUCCCACUUUAAGACUCUUAGAGGAUCGGGUUUGUUUGGUCAGGAGCCAAAGGAACCUUUCAGACCACCGCUGCUCUAGUUUCAGCUGUCACCACAUCACUGCUAACAGCUGCCAUGCAUGAAGCCCCAAAUCACAGUCCACUGAGACUGAGACCACCUCUGACUCUUUGUCUUAAACAUCACUAAGUUCUUAAUAUGAAGAUUGCCUGCAGGGUCCAGUCCAUGUCUGCCUAUUUCUCUCUUUACAUUAAUUUGUCACAUUGUGGUAAACUUCAUGCGUGUGAUUUUUAUUUGUUUGAUUGUAUCCGACGGUCAGAGAGUAGAAGACACGAUCGUUGCUGUAAUCAAUAAAUGUUGUUCUUCCUGCGGCCCGGCAGAAGGAGGCAGGAAGGGAUAGGAGCGUCCCAGCGGGUGGGUAACCCACCACUAAAAACACAUCAGGGUUCCAAGGUGCCUUAAACCUGCCAUCCUCAACGUCCUCAUUUAAAUCCUGCAGGCAUGUUGUCUCAUUCAUUUAUUCAUUCAUUUACUGCAUCAUGCACUGCUUGGAUGGAGGUGUUUAGAAUCCAACCUCUUCUUUGGGUUGCUUGGUAGACGAAGAGCAACACAGUCAUGGUUAAUAAACGUUCACCCUUUUUCAAAUGGAAAGUCUUGGGUCACAGAACACGAUUAGGAAAUUAGUUCCUAAAAGCUCCUAAAAUGAAGUAAAUAGACCAAUAGGUCUCAAGAUUCUACCUUCUGGUAAAUCACAUUAAGGUCUGGACUUUGAUGCUCAUGAACCCCUUUUGUUGCAGGAUCUGCACUCGUUAUAUACGCCUUUCACACUAAAAGUGUUCUCCUGAUCCAUUUUGGUUGCUAGUCACAACCCUGUAACCCAUAGCUACAACCCUGUAACCCAUAGCUACAACCCUGUAACCCAUAGCUACAACCCUGUAACCCAUAGCUACAACCCUGUAACCCAUAGCUACAACCCUGUAACCCAUAGCUACAACCCUGUGACCCAUAGCUACAACCCUGUUCAGUUAUUUGUUUAACUGCUAGAUAGACUGGCAUGUAUGAAGUGAAAGGAACAAAGUAAACUAAGAAGGGGUUUGUGUCUGAACUAAUGCAAAAUGAUUAUGUUUUUCAUUAUUGCUGUAGUUUUGGGGGGGUCAUUGUCCUGUUUGAGUCGGGAUUGGUGUAAUGAGGAGUUCAUGGUGUUCUUAUCAGUCUCCCCAACCAUGUUUGACGAUUGCUACAACUCAUCUAACAGAGACGGGUUCUCAUUUUCCGAGCUUCCAUAUCUAUACACAGCUUGAAAGGGGGUGAACUUUAACCUUUCCAUGACCAUGUAUUUACCCUGUGAGUUCUUUAUACCUGGUCUAUCUGUCCUUUGAAUGAGAUCCCAGCAACUUCACUCACCCUGCCACCACAGCUGGACUAAAUGUAGACUUGCCACAGAAAUCGGUUGAAACACUUGAACUUGCAGGAUGCUCGACCUUUCUGCCUCUAUGCUGCUUUGUUACUGUGAUGCGUGCGCUGUUUACUUGCUGCUACUGUGGAGGGGUCUCCAACCCACUGUGACGUUUAAACAAGCCUGGGUCAACUUGCAAACUGCAUCAACUCACAGAGAUGUUUUCCUCCCGAUGGUUUCUCCCAGUAGCUGGAACCUUUCUUGCUGUUUGACCCACGCCUGCUAUUCAUGUAGAUAUUUAACACUAUAGACCUGUUGCUAGGCAAUCUUUAGUCACUUUUGAAGAUGUAAAGGAGAAAAAAAGACUAGGUUACCAUAUUAAAAGAAAAAGUACUUAUAACUUAUUGAAAUAUUUUCUUUUUUUAUAUGCAGAUGUAGAUUUAAUUUUUAUAUGCUUUUUUUUUCCUGUGAAAUACUUUUAUUUUUUUGAGCUCUGUAAUUUAAGGUUAAAAGAUUUAUUUUUAGCAUCUUACAUGCAGUAUGUGUAUUUUCUAUUCACUGUGGCUUUUUUUGUAUAUGUGUGUGUGUGUGUGUGCUUGAUCGGAGCGUUUUCCCACACGGUUGAGAUUAAAGUGUGUAAGUGCAGAAAAAUGCUGGAUUCAUAUCACAGCCGAGUAUUUACUACUUACAGCUGUUGAGUCAAUUUACCAAAUGCAUAUCCUUUCGGAUCGGAACCGAUUGAUGUAACUAACAUUGCAGCUCCGUAGACGUGUUGCAUGAUCUUAGCAUGCUUGAGUAACACAUUUGGCUUUGCUAUUAUUUAUCAAUCACAGGAAUCUGGCAAGCCCAGUGUUAUUGUCUUUAUUUAUUGUUCAGUUGUUUGUUUAACUGAACAAGCCGCAGCACUGGAUCAGAAACUUUACACUUGUGUGACCAACUUUUAUGUGCUGUUAUUAUUUUCAAGCCAAAUGUCUUUUCUUUUCUUUUUUUUUUCUUGUUCAGUAUCUUUACAUUAUUAAAGAAAUUUUAGC